AAAAUCCGUUACCUUAAAACUCAAGCGCGCAUUUUGUGGCGGGCAUUCCCUGGGUUACAUGAGCUGGCGACAGAAUAAUCGUAUUUUAAGAGGAUAUAUACUAAAAAUAAAAGGAAUACAAGAAAAUAUUGCUAUUUCUUUUGAUAUUUACAACUAAUUAGGAAGAAAAAAAUAUUAAACAAAAUGCUGGUUUUUGUCGGAAUUGGAUUGUGCGCGGCGUCGCUUUUAAUAAAUAUCAUAGGGCUGGCAAUACCGUAUUGGUCUAUUUUCACCCAAACCGUACCCGUAUUAGGUGAAGUGAAAACAAAUCAAGGAUUAUGGUCGUUGUGUUCAUCUUUCCACGGAAAUACUAAUUGUGGAGACAUCCCAGAUGUGCUGCUAGAUAGCGCUUUUAAGACGACUCGAGCCAUGGAGAUACUGGGCAUGCUCCUUAUACUGGCGGCUCUUGUGUGCGUUCUUCUUAAACAGUUUGUUAUAAAGGAGCAAGCACUCCUUCCUAAAAUUGGAGCAUGUUUAGCCAUAGUUGCUGGAAUCUUCAUGAUCAUCGGCACAAUAAUUUAUGCCACUCGAGACGUCGUGGACUCGAGCAAUUUGCAUGCCGGGUUUGCCCUUUGUAUAAUUGCAGGCAUCAUAGGAAUCGUCGCGGGAGUAGUGGUUUUUCUGGCGUCCAAAGGCGAUUAAACUAAUCAUUCUUCACGUCUAGGAAGACAAUGGAUUUUUCUUCCAUUUAUUUUAUGCCGAUGCAAAAGUGUUUGUGUAAACCUGAAACAUGAGAACAUUGCUUUUUUUAUUAUUCAUACUUAUUUAUAGUGUGUCUGAAAUCUUUCUACAAUAGGGAAUAGACUUAUAUAAAUAAACAACAUAAACGUUACAAUGUUUUUAGUUUUCAUCAUCAUCAUCAUCAUCAUCAUCAUCACCAUAAUUAUCACCAUCAUUAUCAACAUCAAUAUCAUCAUUUUUAACCAACAUCAACAUCAUCAUCAUCACUAUAAUCAUUAUCACCAUUAUCAUCAUUAUCAACAACAUCAUCAUCAUUAUCAUCAUUAUUUUAUCAUCAUAUCAUAAUCAUCAUCGUCACCAUCAUUAUAAUAAUCAUUAUCAUUAUCAUAAUC